AUGUCCAGCCCUCCUUUCUUUCCCGAUGACAUUCUUUUUCAUAUUUUCCAAUUUUUUGACUCUCCUUUCAUCAUCAAUGUCUGUAUGAAAGUCUCUCAUCAAUGGUUUCGUCAAUCAUGCGACAUGGAAUUGAAAUUAGACUUUUCCGAAUCGUUACGGGGAGGAAAGAUUAUUUCAUCAUCAGCACCAUGUGGUCUCAUCCAAUCCUCUAAUUUCAGCAAAUUAACUGAACUGAAUUUAGCCAACAAUUUUCUGGGAUCGGAGGGAGCAAAAGUAAUUGCUGCAUGCCCAAACAUGACCAAUUUGAAAGUCUUAAAUAUCGAAAAAACAGCAGUGGGCUAUGACGAUGGUUUGCUCUCCUUACUGCAAAGUCCAUAUAUCGUAAAUUUGACCAGCUUGAAUAUCAGUGGCCAUUGCAUGCAAGAUGCAAUUGCAGAAAUGGUUUCACAAAGUGAAAAUCUGAAAAAUGUCAAGUAUUUGUUUUUGCGAGAUUGUGCUAUUGGCACUUUGGGCUUUAAUUACUUGUUGAGCAGCAACCAUUUGGCUAAUUUGCUUUGUUUAGAUGUCUCAAAAAACCAAGUGGGAGCGGAAUGGUCUGACGAGGAAGACAUUCAGGAUGAUGAGAAAACUCCGCUCGAAUUUGGAGCAUGCCUCAAAAAUUUGACCCAACUCGAUUUACACAGAAACCAAUUGGAUGACUUUGUUGUGAAACUUCUAUUCUCAAAAGGUGAUACAUCAAGAUUUGCAAGUUUGAACGUGUUAGAUUUGUCCUUCAACAGUGUUGGCACUGAAGGCAUGAACGCUAUCUUUUCGAAUCCUUUUAUGAAAAACUUGACAUGUUUUAAAUGUCUCUCUCGAAAUGAAAUUGUGAUUGAAAAUUGUAGUGCUGCCAGCAACUUAUCAACAAUACAUGUGAAAUUAACAAAAGGUAAUGACGGACUGAAAGAACUUACAUCCUUCAAAAAGUUAGAAAAUCUUAUCCUGAGAAACAUUUCUGGAUUUGGAGUAGAAUUUCUUUCAGGUUGUGCGGAAUUGUUAACGAAUGUAACCUAUUUGGAUCUAAGUAAUGGAAGAAUUCCACCUGAGUCUUUUGAAAAAUUUGCUGAGUGCAAGUACACAACGAAUAUCAGAGAGCUGAUUCUGGAUAGUACUGAGAUUAAGGGGGUAGUUGCGUUGCAGCAUAUUUGCGAGAGCCAAUAUUUGACGAAUUUAACAUCUCUGAACUUAAGCGCCACACGGGUUAAUGAUGACUGUAUGUAUGCUUUUAUCAACAGCUCAUUCAGACUCCGCACUUUGGAACUAAAUGAUUGUGGCAUUACUGCAAUUGGAGCCAAAACGCUUGCCUCGUGUAAAAGCAUGAACAAUUUGGCAGAAUUAAGAAUUACCCAUAAUAAUAUUGGAAUUGAUGGAGCAGUUGAACUUGCAAAGAGUGAAAAUUUGAGCAAUUUGACGCUUCUAGAAGCAGAUUCAACAUCAAUUGGAAAUGAUGGUUUUACCGCUAUCGUUUCCAGUCCUUACAUGAAAAAUUUAAAAACCUUGCAUGUUCAACUUAAUGGUAUCCAAUCAGAUGGCGCAAAACACUUGGCAUCAAGCAGCUAUCUCAAUCAGCUGACAUAUUUAGAUUUGAGCUAUAACAAUAUAGAAGAUGAAGGCAUAAUCCAUCUUUCAGAGAGUCCCAAUAUAUCCAAUGUCAAGUCAUUGAUGCUGUGCAUUAAUAACAUUGGAGUGUUAGGUGCAAAGGCAAUGGCAUCUAGUCCAUUCUUCUCCAAUGUCACCUAUCUUGAUUUAGAUGGUAGUGGAAUAGGAGAUCAUGAGUCCAAGGGACUUCGUUCCAACCAAUUUGCAGAUGAAGGAGCCAUGGCAUUGGCAUCAAGUCCUUAUUUCGAAAAGUUGACAUUGUUGAAUUUAUCAGAUAAUCAAGUGGGAGGGAAGGAUGUGAAUGAUGAGGAUGCUGAAUUUAUUGCGAAUUGUCCAGAGCUCAUGCGAUUCCAUUCUUUACUACUUACUUACAACAUGAUGACUGACAAAGGAAGAGACUAUUUGAUGAACAGUAGCUAUUUUACGUAUCUCAGUUGUGGCUCAUUUAGCGGUUCUAAAUACAUGGAAGAUUAA